CCUUCGGCCCCUCGGAAGCCUGGCCCGGGGCCCCGGCCUUCCCCUCCUCCGGGCCCGCCUGGGGGCCUCCGACCCGAUUGUCCGGCGCUCCCCGGAGAUUGCUCAACGUGCCUCAGGGUUCUCGUCGGAAUUAGCUGGGCCCUGCGGGUCAUAAAAGUCCAAGCGUUGCACGACUUUGGCUAAUGUGGAAGCCUUUCCCCUUAACCAGAGCACCUAUUCUGGAUCUUCACCUGGAUUCCUUUUCAGCUAGCGACAUUAGUGCUUGGUCAUUGGGGUCUCCUUCCUCCCAGUUGCCCGGCCGUGUUAAACAUGUUAGUCUUUUCUAUCGCCAGGCUGGGCCCUUCUCAGCCCAUCAUCACCCCUGAUGGAGCUGCUCUCUGGCCACGGCUUCUCACCCCACCCCCUCCAUUUUUUUUUUCCAAGUUAACUUUGAGACCUUCAUUUCGCACCUCUUACCCAGUCGUUACUAGUAUUCCAAGUAAGCUUCCAGGUUCAGUUCAACAUAACACCUGGCCCUGGGAAAUGUUAAGUCAAUACUUAGUCGAUACUUUCCUCCAGCCACUCAUCUUACACUCUUCUCGCUCUUCGGUGCUGCUUUCCCAAAAAUCAGCCUUUACACAACCUGUCCACCACUCUUUUGAACUGACGUGCCAGUUGCAAUUUAGCCGCCCACCAAGAGCCCCUCAGUUUGCCUUUGCAACCGAAACACCAUGGGAUACCAACAGGCGGGUUCUGUUUGCCACUCAGUGUGGGAGUUUGCUCUCUGAUUCCUUCAUCCUGUACUGUUGUCCCUUGUGCAGUCCCCGGUCACUUACUCUCACUUUAGCUCCAGUUUUUAUUUCAUACAUUGUAGGUAUAGUAUAUCAUUGGGAAAAAGAUUGGGGCACAUCUGGUUGCUGCCAUGGCCUGGGGACCAGAGGCCUCAAGAGUCCCAUAUAGUGAUUACAAUCAAAUGAGCUGUGUUCUUAGACUCCUAGUCGGGCUUUUGCAGCCAGUGGAUGCAUUAGUAUUGUGUAUGAUUUGAUGGAUUAAAAGACCCCAAUUUGCCCUCUCAUGUCUGUGGUGGAGUUUGAAAUAGAAAAAAAUAGCCCCACUUUAGAGCAGAGAAGAUGAAAAAAGGCAGCUUUGUGAGGGAUUUUUAAAAAUUUUAACAAGAAAUUUAUUUAAAAUGGCUUAAAACUCACAAAGUAUACUUGAGAAUUUGGGAUGGUUCCUGCUGUUUGUGUGCCCCUUCUCCAGUCUGGAUAGAAUAUCUAGGGACUUCGAGGUCAUCUGCCAGGGCAGCUGCAGCCUCCCUUUCUUGUUGGAGCCCAAGACUGGGCAAGUGGGCAGGCAGGAUCAGAUGAGGUAAAGUGUGGAAGUGCUUUGAAAACUUAACUAGUAGAUAUGCUCAGGGGCAGCAUUUGUCAGGAUGGCUCAGAGAGUAGAGAGCUGAUGACCAUCCAAGAGGAAUGCAGGUUUGCACCCAUUUUUAAGCCUCAAGAGUUUUCUUUCUAUCAUGCCUGGAGAAUCUUUCCAUCCUGAGAAAGGGCGGAGUUACCUCCAACAAGCUUGGGGCUGGGCGGUUGCUCAAAUGUUGGGGAAUUUGGGAUUCUACUUCUGUUAAUACUGAUACCUUUCUGUGCCAAGGCACAUUGCUUGGGAUUGGGCUAAUUUUAGGGAUGAUGAAACGAGGAAGUAAUGUUCUUAAUGUGUACCGGGACCACCUAUCCUCUGAAUCUGUGCUUUCUCCUGUGAGUUCUGAACCCCAGAGAAUAGGCUCCCCUCCUGUUCCCUCAAGACUCUUGUGAGCACCCAGGACCAGUGUAUGUCCUCUCUUUUUGACUCCAGCAGGGGGCAGCCUUUUAAUAGUAAUAAUUCAGAUGCAAGGGGAGUGAGGGUAUACUGAACCCUGAGAAAGAGGAGCCAAUAGAUCAGAUUCUGAGGGCAGGGCGAGGGGUGGGGGCUAAGUUGGAAUGAGGAGACCCUUAGAUCAAGUAGCUAGGAAAGGCUGUGCCCCCAGUCCUCUGCCUGCUGCCUCUCCCGCUCUUUCCUUCACUGUUUCUAAAUGCUUGGCUUUGAGAGUUUAUAAUAGAGGAACUUAGGACAGCUCUUUUAAUCUAGUCUUUUCCCAAGGAUUUCCCUCCUGGCAGGAUUUCAGAUUUCUCUCAUUGGCCAGUAUAAUUAGGGAAUGAUUGCCCUGCUCUUCAGAGGGGAGAACGAACUGCAGUUUGGUUUCUCUUGUCUUCCACUCUUAUCCAUAAACAGAAUAUGUAUUACCUGUGUUCCUGGUGUAGAGGAGGGUUUCUCAGCCAUGGCACUAUUGCUAUUUUGGGCCAGAUAAUUCUCUGUUCUGGGAGCUGUCCUGUGCAUUGUAGGAUGUUUGGCAUCAUCUCUGGCCUCUAACUCACUAGAUGCUGGUAGCAACUCCCAGUCAUGCCAACCAAAAAUGUCUCCAGAUUUUGCCAAAUGUCCCCUGGGGAGCGGAGUCUCCCCAGUUGAGACUGCUGGCUUCGAGGAAGCAUGUGGAAAAGACACACUGCUUGGAGGGCUGGAAACCAUAGUAGAUAUGCCUGCUGCUUGUUGGGGAAGGGCCAGUUAGCCACUAAGUCUGGCACUAGUCCUUCUCUGGCUGGGCCCACCUGGAGACUUGGCCAUUUUCUCCAGCUGCUCCUGUGUUUCCUCCCCCCGUGACUCCCUCUCCCUUUGCCUCUGCAGUUUCCCUGCUUCUCGCACUGGGAGCCACUUUUCCUCACUUUACUCCUUACAACCAGGACAGAAAGGCAAAGGCCAAACGUGGAAAGCACCGAGAAGAGCUGCCUUUGCCAUUCCCUGGCAGAGUGGGAGGAGUUGUGGUGUCUUGGAGUUAAUGAGCAUCGUGGAGACUCUCCAGUCCAGCCUCCCCGCCAGCCAGUGAGGGAACCCUUGCACAGCCCCUUGAGACCCUGCCUGCCUGUCCUCUGCUCAGAACCACCAGGGAUGAGCUGCCUCCUGAGAGCCUCCUCUGCUGAUCCUUAGAGGGACAGGUCACUGCCACCACUGCUGCUUCUGUCAGCCUCAGUAACUCUUACCUUAUUUGUAUUUUAUGGAUCUUUUCCAGAUGUGAAGGUCCCUUCUCAGGCACCAUUGCAUUCAGACCAGCAUCCAAUAGCUUGGGGGCCCUAGUUCACUCCAGCAUAGGCCCCUGCCUGAAGAGAACCCAGCCCCGGCUCUGCCUGCUUCCUGGAGUAAGGCUCCAGGUCUUUCCCUGUCGUGACUCUUUGGUUAACUCAUGGUGUGAGUGGUAUGUGGCUGGUUUAUGUGUUUUGAGAGUGAACGCCAGGUUCCCCCACCCUGCCCAUCUCCUCUCAUCUCUUGGACACGCUCAGCUCCACAAUGGCAGCAGAGACCCUCAAUUUUGGGCCUGAGUGGCUGAGGGCACUUUGUAGCGGUGGCAGUGUGGCCUCCCCACCCCCAUCCCCCGCCAUGCCCAAAUACAAGCUGGCUGACUAUCGCUAUGGGCGAGAGGAGAUGUUGGCUCUCUAUGUCAAGGAGAACAAGGUCCCCGAUGAGCUGCAGGACAAGGAAUUCGCUGCGGUGCUACAGGAGGAGCCACUACAGCCCCUAGCACUGGAGCCUCUGACCGAGGAGGAGCAGAGAAACUUCUCCCUGUCAGUGAACAGUGUGGCUGUGCUGAGGCUGAUGGGGAAAGGGGCUGGACCCCCCCCAAGUGGCGCCUCCCGUGGCAGGGGCAGCACGCGGAGCCGAGGCCGUGGCCGUGGUGACAGUUGCUUUUACCAAAGAAGCAUUGAAGAAGGCGACGGGGCCUUUGGUCGAAACCCCCGAGAGAUCCAGCGUAGCCAGAGUUGGGAUGACAGAGGCGAGAGGCGGUUUGAGAAGUCGGCCAGGAGGGACGGAGCACGUUCCGGGUUUGAGGAGGGAGGGGCUGGCCCAAGGAAGGAACAUGCCCGCUCAGAUAGCGAGAACUGGCGUUCUCUCCGGGAGGAGCAAGAGGAAGAAGAGGAGGGCAGCUGGAGACUUGGGGCAGGACCCCGGCGAGAUGGCGACCGCUGGCGCUCAGCCAGCCCUGAUGGUGGCCCCCGCUCUGCUGGCUGGCGAGAACAUGGGGACCGGCGUCGCAAGUUUGAAUUUGAUUUGCGAGGGGAUCGAGGAGGAUGUGGUGAAGAGGAGGGGCGAGGUGGUGGGGGCAGCUCUCACCUCCGGAGGUGCCGAGGGCCUGAAGGCUUUGAUGAUGACAAGGACGGGCUCCCAGAGUGGUGCCUAGACGAUGAGGAUGAAGAAAUGGGCACCUUCGAUGCCUCCGGGGCCUUCUUGCCUCUCAAGAAGGGCCCCAAGGAGCCCAUUCCUGAGGAGCAGGAGCUUGACUUCCAGGGUCUGGAGGAAGAGGAGGAAGAGCCCUCUGAAGGGCUGGAUGAGGAGGGGCCUGAGGCAGGUGGGAAGGAACUGACUCCACUGCCACCUCCAGAGGAGAAGUCUGGCCCCCCAUCCCCCCUGGCUACCUUGGGCCCACUCUGGGGAGCUAAUGGGGAAGGAGGUGACGCUGUGGAGAAAGACGCGCCAGCUGCUGAAGGAGACGAUUUGAGGGGAAUGCAGCUGAGUCCUGGGGUGGGCUCACCCCCUGGCCCACCUGGAGAUCUAGAAGAUGAUGAAGGCCUGAAGCACCUGCAGCAGGAGGCGGAGAAGCUUGUGGCAUCCCUGCAGGACAGCUCCUUGGAGGAGGAGCAGUUCACAGCUGCCAUGCAGGCCCAGGGCCUGCGCCACUCUGCAGCUGCCACUGCCCUCCCCCUCAGCCAUGGCGCAGCCCGGAAGUGGUUCUACAAGGACCCACAGGGGGAGAUCCAAGGCCCCUUCACAACACAAGAGAUGGCAGAGUGGUUCCAGGCUGGCUAUUUCUCCAUGGCCCUGCUUGUGAAGCGUGGCUGUGAUGAGGGCUUCCAGCCACUGGGUGAGGUGAUCAAGAUGUGGGGUCGUGUGCCCUUUGCCCCAGGACCCUCACCACCCCCACUGCUGGGAAAUAUGGACCAGGAGCGGCUGAAGAAGCAACAGGAGCUGGCAACGGCGGCCUUGUACCAGCAGCUGCAGCACCAGCAGUUUCUUCAGCUGGUCAACAGCCGCCCCCUCCAGCAGUGUGGGCUCCGGGAAAAGGCAGCUCUGGGGGACCUGACACCACCACAGCAGCAGCAGCUCACCGCCUUCCUGCAGCAGCUCCAAGCUCUCAAACCCCCCAGAGGAGGGGACCAGAACCUGCUCCCGACAAUGAACCGGUCCUUGUCGGUGCCGGAUUCAGGCUCUCUCUGGGACAUACAUACCUCAGCCUCAUCACAGUCAGGCGGUGAGGCCAGUCUUUGGGACAUACCAAUUAACUCUUCGACUCAGGGUCCAAUUCUAGAACAACUCCAGCUGCAGCAUAAAUUCCAAGAGCGCAGAGAAGUGGAGCUCAGGGCGAAGCGGGAGGAGGAGGAACGAAAGCGCCGGGAGGAGAAGCGACGCCAGCAGCAGCAGCAGCAGGAGGAGCAAAAACGACGGCAGGAGGAAGAGGAGUUGUUUCGGCGCAAGCAGGUACGGCAGCAGGAGCUACUGCUGAAGCUGCUGCAGCAGCAGCAGGCAGUGACUGCCGUCCCAGUGCCCCCUGCGCCAAGCUCCCCACCUCCACUAUGGGCUGGUCUGGCCAAGCAAGGACUCUCCAUGAAGACGCUGCUUGAGCUACAAUUGGAGGGCGAGCGACAGCUGCAUAAGCAGGCUCUGCCUCGGGAGCCAUCGCGGGCCCAGGCCCCCAACCACCGUGUGCAGCUUGGGGGCCUGGGCACUGCCCCUCUGAACCAGUGGGUAUCUGAGGCUGGGCCGCUGUGGGGCGGGCCCGACAAGAGUGGGGGCGGCAGCAGCGGCCUGGGGCUCUGGGAGGACACCCUCAAGAGCAGUGGGAGCCUGGCCCGCAGCCUGGGUCUGAAGAACAGUCGGAGCAGCCCCUCUCUCAGUGACUCCUAUAGCCACCUGUCAGGUCGGCCUGUGCGCAAAAAGACAGAGGAGGAAGAGAAGCUGUUGAAGCUGUUACAGGGCAUCCCCAGGCCCCAGGAUGGCUUCACCCAGUGGUGUGAGCAGAUGCUGCACACACUGAGCACCACGGGCAGCCUGGAUGUUCCCAUGGCUGUAGCGAUCCUCAAGGAGGUGGAAUCUCCAUAUGAUGUUCACGAUUAUAUUCGUUCCUGCUUGGGGGACACGCUGGAAGCCAAAGAAUUUGCCAAACAAUUCCUGGAGCGGAGGGCUAAGCAGAAAGCCAGCCAACAACGGCAGCAGCAGCAGGAGGCUUGGCUGAGCAGUGGCUCCCUGCAGACAGCCUUUCAGACCAAUCACAGCACCAAACUUGGCCCUGGGGAGGGCAGCAAGGCCAAGAGGCGGGCACUGAUGCUGCACUCGGACCCCAGCAUCUUGGGGUACUCCCUGCAUGGACCUUCUGGUGAGAUUGAGAGCGUGGAUGACUACUGACCAGCCCGUCCCACCAGCCCCCUGGGCUGUAGGCCAGGGUCAGCAGCAGCAGCUUGGACCCUUGGGUCCCCAGCCUGCAGGCUCCCAACAAGGAGCAUAGGAGGAAGCAGGGGCAGGGUCCCCAGCACUUGUUACAAACCACACGAUGCACCUUAACUCACCCACCACGAGGCACUUUACAGAUUGGGGCGGGGAGGGAGAGGGGCUUUUUUCCUUUUUUUUUUUUUUUUUUAAAUUUUAAACAACAUUGAAGAAAACGUUAGGAGAGACAAAAAAAAAAUUGUUAAAAAUUAGACUUUAAGCCCCCCUUCCCCCUGUGGGGAUUGUGGGGAUGACAAUGGAAGGUCCACGAAGUUUUGGGGUUUUUUUUUUUUUAAGAAAAAAGAAAAACUGAAAAAAAGGUUAGGAGGCUCAAAGAAAAAACACACUGUUAUUUUGGGGCAGUGGGGACAUGGCCCCACAGAUCUGUCCUUCCUGGCCCCCAAGGCUGCACUUACCCUUCCCUCUAGAUGGGUCUUUGGGGUAACUGGAAGCUGGGGUGCCAGCAGUUUGCACAGCAAGGCCCCCUCAACCCCGCCAGCCGGACCGCUGUGAACAGCCCUCUUGUUUCUGUGACUGUGGCAGAGGUGUCCAGGGUUGGGGCCAAAGGAGCCUCUUGGCUUUGCUGCUUUGGGGGAAAGUUGCACAAAUGGGCCAGGCCACCUCACCUCCCCAAGUGGUUGAUGGGGUAGAGAUGGCAGAGGGCCGGCCUGGUGCCAACCUCAUCUGGCUAUCGAGUGGCAGAACUUCCAUUCUGGCCCUGGUGAGGGGCUUCCCCCACUGCUGCCAUUGGGGGAACGGCCUGGGUGUGAAGCUGAAAGUCCCAGCUCCCUGCCUUGCCACAUGAAUGUAUUCUUCGGGCCACAAGCCCCUGCUGCACCCCCUGCCUCAAUCUUGAGUGAGGUCUGGUCAGAGCAGUUCCUCCAGGAGCUGGAGAGGCACCACUUAAUGACUGUUUCUCCUGUAAAGGGGACUAGAGAAGAGGGGCACAGGAGGCCAAGGGAGUAGGCAGCUUGGGGCUUUCAGGUUGCUGUGUGGGGGCUGUUAGAAGGGAGCCCCCUCCCCACCCAUCUGACUGGGAUGUGGACCACCCAGCUCUGCUCUGAUCCCUCCAUUGACCAAGCUGGAGAGGAGUGGCCUCUCCCCUCCUUGCUCCCCUGACAAAUUUUUAAUGUUGGGUAAGGUGAGGGGUCAAGAAUAGAGGUGUCUGUCUGUCCUGUUGGGGAGGCAUUCCUUCUUCACCGACUUAUUCCCAAUCAUCUGCCUGGGUUUGUCUCCAUUCGUGUUUUUUUUUUUUUUUUUUUUUUUUAAACUUGUCUCCAUUCGUGUUUUUGUUUUUUUUUUAAGUUUGUUCUAUCUUUUGGGUUUCUCAUCUAACUUCUCCUGUUGACCUCAUUGCUCAGAGCGCAGUAUUAGGGCAGGAUUCUGCCACUGCCUCCCCUCCAUGAAUGUAUUUAUCCUUCCUGCCCUGGGGAAAUGGGGAGCGCCGUUUUCUUUCUCCAUCCAUCCCCAGAGAGACUUUUUUUUUUUUUUUUUUUCUUUUGCACCAAAGUGGCAACUGGGUCAGUGUUGGGGGAAAAAGCUGGCCUCGGUGGUGGAGGAGCUCCCUCCACCUGCUUCUCCCUGGUUUCAACAGUGUUAGCAUCCGUGAAAAGACAAUAUUCUCACUAAAGCAAUAAGGGGGUGAUGGGCCAGGGGGAAAUGUCUUGCUGCUGCUGGCCCCCCAGCUCCCCCUUUCCUUGCGCCAGUAUUUGGUGGCAUUAGAGGUGUGGGGGGAGUACUGUUGUGACUGAAUGUAAUUGCCCCCACCCCUGCCGCAGCCAAUGCAGGGUGAGGGGGGAUGACACUCUUCCCCUCUCUUCCUUCCCCUUCCCCCAGCUAAAGAGACUUUGAAUUUAGGGGGCCCUUGAGCCUGGAGAGGCCUUAACCCUGUGAGGAAGUAUAGGGGGAGCCCUCUCCCACCCCAUCCCCUUCUGAGAGUGAUCAAUGUUUACAAGCCCCUGAGCCCCCCAGCCCAGGGACUCAGCCCCCAUUGCUGUCCUUUCCCAGCCCAUCUUCCUGGGCCCUGGCUGCUCUCCCACCCUUCCUGGCGUUGGGGUGGGUGCAGGGGCCCAUUCUGUAUCCCCUUGUCUUCCUUGUACCUGAAAUCUCCCUUACCCCAUUACUCCCUCUCUUCUACCUGCCCUUGUAAAUAUUCCCCAAUAAAACUUGGUGUGUGUUCUCUUC